CCUCUAUUCUUAUACUUUAUUAUAAACUGGUCCGCCGUCUUGUCUCCGCCACUUAAUCACUGAUUGCUUUGUUUCGCACCGUCACCGCGAUGAAGUUCCUCUCCCUCCUCGCCCUCGCGGGCUCAGCUCUUGCGCAGUACGCCGGCCCCGGCGAGUGCAAGGGCGACUGCUGGGCUCACGAUCCAGGCUUCUACCAGCGCGUGUCAGACGGGCGGUACUUCCGCUACUCGACGGGCAACGGCAUUCACAUCCACGCCUCCAACCAGCUGACGGGGCCGUGGGAGGCAGUCGGCGAGGCACUGCCUGGUGGAUCGAGUGUUGAUCAUCCUGGGAGCGGCAACCUAUGGGCCCCCGAUAUCCACUACGACGAAGGCUCAAAGACAUACUACAUGUACUACUCCGUCUCAACGCUGGGCUCGCGCAACAGCAUCAUCGGCGUCGCCUCAUCCCCCAACCUCCAGCCCGGGAGCUGGAAAGACCACGGCGGCGUCUUCCGCUCAGAGGAGGGCGGUCCUUACAACGCGAUCGACGCAAACUGGAUCUCCGUCGGCGGAAAACAAGUCCUCGUCUUCGGCUCCUACUGGAACGGCAUCCACACCGUCGACCUCAAGGGCCCGCUCGCCAUUGCCGAUGGCGCCCAGGCCAACCAGAUCGCUUACAACAGCACGGGCCAGCAUGCCAUCGAGGCCGGCUUUGUCUUUUAUCGCCAAGGAUGGUAUUACUUGACGUUCUCGAGUGGGCAGGCUGCGGAUUAUAUUAAUCGGCCCCCGGCUCAGGGCGAGGAGUAUCGCAUUAAUGUUUGCCGGAGCCGUGAUGCGACGGGUGGUUUUGUUGACCGUGAGGGCCGCUCAUGUCUGAACGACAACGGUGGCACGACGCUGCUGGCCUCGCACGACCUUGUGUACGGCCCCGGUGGCCAGGGCGUGUUCACGGACAAGCAGCGCGGCCUGACGCUGUACUACCACUACGCAAACAAGAACAUCGGGCUGGACAAGUCGCAGUUCCAGUUCGGGUGGAAUGUACUGAAGUGGGCUGAUGGCUGGCCUACCGUAUAAACAUGUCGUGGAGGACGUUGCGUUGUGGUUGAGAUGAUUACAUUCGUUUGGAGUGGUCUAUAUACAUACUUGCGUACGGACACUUUGGGUACAUACUUACUAACCCUGCGUUGCAUUAUUAAUUGCAUUGUUCGCUUCGUUUGGAAUGGAGACUGGGGCGAGGACUGACGGUCGACUGGACGGGCUUCGAAGUUCGCAUCGGUUGUGAUACCCAUACAUACCAUCGUUAGAACUGUUAAUUGUUUAAUAUUGUUG